GGAACCAAAUGUUUAGGCAAGCACUGGGCUUCAUAGGUUAUAAUAUAUUCAUAAAUAGGACUGGAAUUGAGUUCGGGCCAGCUUGAGGCCCAUCGGAUCAGACCGACAUUAGGUUGAGCUUCAAGCUCGGCCCGAAAGAGUUCAGAUCAGAUUUGAAUCUACGUAUAAAGUCCGUUUAUAUUUCGGACCGAGCUCAGCUAUAUUUUUAGUCCAGCCAGGGCCCAACCUGAGUUCGGCCCGAAUAUCAGCCUGAAGUUCAAUCAAGAUUUUCAGCCCAAGACUCGAACCUAGUUCUUAAUUAUACUUGAUUUCUCCUCUUAAAUCGAAAUAGCCCGACAGCCUGAGCCAAACAGCCUAGUUCUAGACUUCCAUCUUCCCAUUCCUCCAAUUCAAUGCCCCGGCCGUGGUCUGUAUCCAUCCAUUGGAGGAUGCUGUCUUUCAUCUUCCACCAUUGCUGAAGCAGGUGGAGAAGAAAUCGGAGUGGCCGGAGGGUGGGAAGAGGUUCUGUGGCAUGCAGGGGCGCUUGUGGGGCCACUAGGCAGUGGACAUCUGUGACCCGAUGCAGCGAAAGCAGGUAUGGCUUGGGACCUUUGACAUUGCGGAGGAGCCUGCUUUCGUGUACGACAGUGCCACCGUUUGGCUCAAGGGGGCCAAGGCAGUGACCAACUUCCUUAUCGAGAAAGCAUUACCAACCCCCGCCGCAGUGGUGAAGGCGGUGGCCAUCGAUGGGGAGCCGAACAAGAGCAUCGGGAGCAGCGGCGAUUCCUCCGAAGACCCUCACCCCUUGCCGACGUCGGAGCUCCAGUAUGGCGGCGACGAGACACCGUUCGACCGGAUGGUCGACGGCGAUGUGGACAUCUAUGGCCUCAAUUUCGAGCUAUCGUUAUGUCUAACAGACUUCUACUGGAAGCGGCACUUUUGGGAGGUAGACUUCGGCAAGUGGGAUGCCCUCAUCAUCUUCUGUCUUUCGCCAUCACCAACUCCUAUCUUCGGUCUUCCGCCAUCUGCCAUCACCGAUGCGGCGAUGCCAGUUUUCCAUCUUCUUAUCUUCGUCCGUCGCUAUCGUCGUUCGUCGUUUCAAAUACGGCUCCUACUCCUAUCGAAUCUCCCUUCCUCAAUCCUCGAUUCCUGA